AUGGUUUGCGUAAUCCAGAAGGGUGAUGAAAAAAGGAAAAUGGCACAUGAAAUACUAAAUGUUUGGUCGACCAACAACAUAUUUCCACCCAACUAUAGUUUUCGUAAGGUGUGCUUCUGCGAUGAGUGUAGCACCAUGAUUGACGAGCUCAACGAUUUCGCUGAGAGCACAAGAUCCUUACUUGAGAGUGUAAUGGACAUUACAUCUUUUGUCUCCCAGUUGAUCAUUCGUGACACUAGUCAGCACGCACACUCCACAGUUUUCGAAUUUUGCUCAAAAGAGAGAUUACGAGACAAACAAAUUGAAAUCCAAAAAGUGAUAGCUGAGAGUGGUAUCAUUCCUAAUUUUGAGGUCAAUAGAGCUGAUGAGAAAGAUCUAUCAUGUGUAGCAGAGUGCAUACGUUUUGAUAUCGUCAGCCGUGAGAAAUUCUAUUAUAAGCCUUUUAGAGUUCAAAAUGUUGCACAUGCAUUAUUGGAUCAAAUUUUAGAAAUUGAAGAUGAGCACGAAGUAUUAAAAGCAGAUAGAGGUAUAGAGGUGGAUCCUUCAAAUUCAAAUUCGAAAGGCCAUUUAGAACGAAAAAUUAAGUACCUAGAACAACUGCCUGUUGAGGAACUUUUUUCAGAAGUUGAAGAUAUCAUACGCACAAUUUGUGAUAUCAUCACGUUUAUGACAGAGUUGCCGUUCAUUACGAUGUUAUGCAUUUUCGAGGUAGAAUGGGGACUGAUAGAUGUUGGAGUUUUAGCAUCUCUAUCUAUAAAUCGUUUGCUCGAAAGCCAAGGAAACAAAAAUAUCCGGGAGCAAAUGCAACAUAAGAAUCCAAGGAAAGCUGGGAAGGAAAUGCAACAGAAGAAGUAUGCGACAAAAGGAUGCAAGGGCUGA